UGUUUUCAUUGGAGCAGGCGUUGGUAUUCCAUUAGAAAAAGGUUUAACAGGGCUUAUAUCUGGUCUUGGCAACAAAAAAUGCUGACAAUACUCGUCGUGUUUGGUACACUUGUUUUCAUUGGAGCAGGCGUUGGUAUUCCAUUAGAAAAAGGUUCAACAGGGCUUAUAUCUGGUCUUGGCAACAAAAAAUGCUGACAAUACUCGUCGUGUUUGGUACACUUGUUUUCAUUGGAGCAGGCGUUGGUAUUCCAUUAGAAAAAGGUUCAACAGGGCUUAUAUCUGGUCUUGGCAACAAAAAAUGCUGACAAUACUCGUCGUGUUUGGUACACUUGUUUUCAUUGGAGCAGGCGUUGGUAUUCCAUUAGAAAAAGGUUCAACAGGGCUUAUAUCUGGUCUUGGCAACAAAAAAUGCUGACAAUACUCGUCGUGUUUGGUACACUUGUUUUCAUUGGAGCAGGCGUUGGUAUUCCAUUAGAAAAAGGGUAUGAUACCGUGCAUGACCGGAUUCUUGCAGUCAAUGCAGCUCACGCGAAGAGGCGGGAAUCGAAACAAGAAAGCACACCGACAAACGUGUUUGGAGAGAUCGAGAAAAACAAUGAAAACAAACACAUAAAGAUGUAUCAAGGGGACAUUAUCCUCGACCCCGAACAAGAGAGAAUGAUCAAGAACAGGAAUAGGAACAAACGAAAUGCUGUUCGCUCCAAGUCUUCACUUUGGACCUCUCGUGUGAUUCCCAUUUAUGUGCCCUCGCAUAUGAGUCAUAUAGAACAAAACCUCGCUGACGCCAUCGUUCAGCUUCAAAGUCACACGUGUCUAAAGUUUGUGCAUUACAGCGGUCAGGCUAAUUUCAUUCACAUAACUAACACGAACGGGUGCUCUUCCAAGAUCGGAAAGAUGUACUACCAAACUGGUCCACAAACUCUCUCGCUUGGUUCAGGCUGCAAUCAAGUGGGCGUCAUUUUACAUGAGUUGCUCCAUGCUGUUGGAUUUUGGCACGAGCAAUCUCGAUCAGAUCGAGACAAGUAUGUCAGGAUCAACUGGGAAAACAUCCUAGACGGUUUUGCGGACCAGUUUGACAAGUAUGGAUCACAAACAAUCGAUGACAUUGGAAUGGAUUACGACUACAAGUCCAUCAUGCACUACAGCCGAAAAGCGUUCACUAAAAAUGGCAAUCCUACCAUUGAAGCCAUCCACGACCCAAACAUGGAGUUUAGCAACGGCAACAUUCUAAGUCCCAAAGACAUCAUAGAGAUCAACGCUCUCUACGACUGCAAAACAAUUCAAUUCGGCUGGUCUAGCUGGUCAGCGUACACACCCUGUGAUGACAACUGCUACAAGUCUCGUCAGCGGUAUUGCUACCACUCCGGUAAUGUGCACGCGUGUGGCGGGAACGUGAACGUGUACGGGAUCGAGAAAGAUACCGUGAAAUGUCCUACCACAGAGUGCCCAGAGCCAGUUAACGGACACUGGGGGGCGUGGUCUGCUUGGACCAGCUGUACAGUCACGUGUGAUGUGGGUGCGCAAAAAAGGUCACGUAACUGCAACAACCCGGCCCCAAAGAAUGGCGGGAAAAACUGUGUGGGUGACGCGAGCGAAAGUGUCACGUGCGUCAAAAGAAGAUGCCACCUGGGUGCUGAUGACACGGAUUUCGAAAAUAACCGAAUGGGAAUAUGGAGCAACAGUCACUCCGACGAAAUUGAUUGGAUCAUUCACUCGGGUGUCACUCAAACGGCGUACACAGGUCCGUCCAAAGAUCAUACUACCGGAACAGGUUCUUAUUUAUACAUCGAAUCCUCAUCUCGCGUCAACGGCGAUAGCGCCAAACUGGUCACCCAUUGGAUGCCGUACGUGGCUGGGGGACAGUGCAUCAAAAUCGCCUACAAUAUGUACGGGAGCACUGUGGGAUCCUUGACCGUGAGGGCUGACUACGAAGGGUCUGGGUACAGUAAUAUUCUCUACAAGUAUGGAAAUCAAGGACAGGAAUGGAUCAUUGGAAUGGGGAGCAUUGACCCUCCUGUUGUAACCAGAUACAAGCUCACAAUCGAGGCGAAAGUUGGUAACACAGGUUAUUCCGACAUCGCUAUUGAUGACGUGUAUAUUGAUCCGGGACUCUGCUCUUGCCAGGAUGAGUUUGUUCCCUGUGCAUCAUGGGCUGCAAGCGGCGAGUGUCAGAAGAAUUCCGCUUGGAUGUCAACACACUGCAAGCGCAGCUGUAACAUCUGCACUCCAGCGUGUGCGGAUAGCGACGCUACCCAGUGUCCGCUCUGGGCGAAGGCGGGAGAAUGCCCCAAGAAUGCGGCAUGGAUGAAAGCAAACUGUGGAAAGAGCUGCGGCUUUUGUGUAUGCCAGGACAUUGCGGACACCGUGCAAUGCCCACAGUGGGCGACAGCGGGCGAGUGCAGCAGGAAUCCAGCAUGGAUGAAAGAGUACUGCGCAAAAAGCUGUCGUAUCUGCGUGUGAGGCUGGAAGAGGAAAACUCCUAAGAAAAAAAAAGCUGGAAAAAUGAGGAAAUUGUUUGAUUUGAUAAGGGUUGAAUAAAACAUAACAUAUCUUUAAA